AUGACUAGCAUGAUAAAGCAUUGUUUUCGGUCACAUACUUUAUUAUGCGGCCACAGUAAUGUCCUUUUCUUUCGCCAUGAUGGUUGCCCAUUCUUCAGGACUAACUUCCAUUUCAGUGUAUGUUGCACGCAAGUAUGCCUCAAUAGAUUUCAAAGAGUCAAUGGUGGCCUUCUUAUCAAACUUGUCUGCAGCCUUUACUGCACUAGCCAAGUUUUGAAGACGUUCACUCAACAAACGGGCACGGUAGUCCACCCAUUCAGGAUAGAAGUCGUGGUAACGGCUUCCAUAGUUAACCUCUGGCUUCACGGUACUCAAUACCGAGCCUUCGUACACGUUUGGAUCUUUAGCUCUGAAACUAGUAACCAUAGUGAUUCUCUCCGAAGUACCGAGAGGCUUGGGGGCCAAGUGUUGAAUCAAGCGUCCUUGCAAGACGGCUGCAGAACCCUUUUGAGGGCCCGGCACCUUAGCAAUCUUCUGGUCUCCCAUGCGAAGAUAGGUCUCUCCCCCGAUCAUGUUGGUGGUGUCAGACAACAUAAGGACACACACAAAUGGAGGAGAGUCGUAAUGCCAGCCAACAAUGGCAGGAAUGUCUUCACCGGAACUUUUGCCGCUGAGAGCCUGCUCCCUAGCGCGUACCUUUCUCUGCUGUUCAGCAACUUCUUCAGAUGUGACACCGAUGUUCACAUGAGCAAUUUCGCAUUCCAUCACAAUUUCCAAUUCCACGCCAGCCAUGGUGGAAAUCAACUCGAUUGUUUUUGGGUGAGUCCAGGCCUGGUAAAUAAAUGGGGUCACAACCUCGUCGCGGACUUUGGCGUAGUGUCUGAUAAUGCAAUCCAUGCCACUGGUGGAGUUGAAGGAAGUUCUGGCGUACUUCAAGAAAACCUCCUUUUGCAAACACUCCAUCUUCAUGAUGUCGGUGGCCUCUUCUGUGAACAAUGGGAAAGGGUCUGA